CCCGCUUCAUCCCAAUCCUUUAACCUUUCUCUUCACUUCUCCGCUCUCUUCUAAUUUUCAGUUUCCUCUCUUUUAGAAGCACCAAAUCCGAUCCCCGUUUAGGGCCAAGUUGGAUGCAUUUGACUUAUAACAGUAAAUGGUAUGUAUUUCCUUGAAUGAAGUUGGAGCUUUUGUCAAGUAGCAUUUGGGCCCUUUGAUCUACCCCUCCUUAUGUUUAUUCCCGCAAUCCUGCCCACUCCCACCCCACCAAUGAUUCAUGCUUGGUUUCUGCUUCAAUGUAUUUAGUCAUGGUGUGCUUGGUCUGUAACUAUGUUUUUUUUCUUUCUUUUUGGUAUAGCACAAAGGAAUGCCAUUUCUCUCUCUAAUCUAAAUUAUUAAUUUCUUGGAUCAGGGAAAAGAAUCUUUUGAUUGAUUUAGCCAUCUUAAGUUGAGUUUUAAUUCUUUUUGAACACUGAGAAUUGGAUUUGGGGUUCUCUAUUGAGAAUGGCUAUAGCAUUCACCUCUUUGUCUUGGUGGCCAUGGAGUGGGAAACACCAAGAACCCAAAUUUACUUUAAGUCCAUUGCCUGAAUCUGGACUGUGGGAAUCAGAUAAAGUGAAGUUUCCUCUUGACCGUAGACAAUAUACUUCUAGAAGGGUCAAGAGAAAAUGGAGCAGCAGAGAGGAGAGGAAGAUUGACAAAGAGUAUGAUAUUGUUCUUGUUCCAUCUGACGGUGGGUGUGUGUCUGGGUCUGAGUCUGAUGAUUCUGAUUGGUCAAUUGGAUGGAUGGAACCUCACGGUUCUGGGUUUCAAGGUGAUGAUGAAUCAGAUGAUAGCUUUGCUGUGUUGGUGCCUUGCUAUGGGCAUGCUGAGAAUUUCGCAAAUAAUUUGCAAGAUCAGUUUCUGAGCACCGUUCGGAACAUUCCAGAUAUUUAUGCCACAGUGCCGCAAAGGCUCCCCCUACGGUCGGGUAGGGGGUCAGAUGUACGCAACCUUGCAACUACCAACCUUACCCCUGUAUUAAAGCAUAGGGAAUGUUUCCGGAUGACCCAAAGUGAGAAUCGCUUCGAAAAUUGCAUGGACAGACUGAUGCUUCAUAACAAAGAAGCACAAACAGCUUAAGAGCAAGACAUAUAUGGAGCAGUGGCUUUCUUCACUUCAGAAUGUUUGACAUCUUGUGGCACCAGUCCUUACAUGAUGCUUGUAUUACUCUUUAUUACUAUGGGUGUAUGUAGUAAAAGCUCGUUUGUUAAACAUAAAUGUGAAUGAACAAGAAAAAGGAGGGUGAUCAAGGUAAGACAUGAGAAGAGGUGGAGGAAGAUUGUGGUUACUAUGAUGCUUACACGCUGGUGAGUCAAAAGUGGGGGGAAAUGAAGAAUGCAAUAUUUAUGGUGGCAUUUAUGGUUCUUGUGUCUUGCUAUCUAAGCUUAGGCAUAGAAAAUGCUUACAACAUUCUUUGGAGUAUAUAUUAUUGUGGGAUAGAUGUUGUUUGGUUCUUUAUUAUUAUUAUUAUUAUUAUUAAGGCUGUUGUAAGUAGCUCUCAGUAUGGAAAUAUGGAUUGUUAAUAAUGAUACUCUAUUGUAAAUAACUGGAUAAUGUCUGUUUUCACUGGUGAUGCAAAUUAAAUAGUUCUGUUCUGUUGGUUAAAUAGUGAGUACCUGGUCCAUGCCUUCCUCC